AUGGAUGAGCUGGAAAAAUGGAAGAAUCCGAACCACGAGCUGAUCUUGGCAGCUGUCUGGGUAUUGAGCUCCAUCAACCCCUCUUCCGGCCUGCGCUUCAAUCGCAACAUGCUCCGCAGGCGCUUCAGCUCCCAAGUGCGGGCUGCAUGGAGGAGGCCGCUGGACAUGUUAAGGGUACCGGCCCCUAGCAUUGCCGACGCCCCAGGAUCCUGCACCCACGCCCGGAGACGUUGUUGCAAGCCGCCGCGAGACUGGAGAAUGCCAAUCUUGGAGUGGACUUGCCGUCUGCUUUCUGGCGCCGGUGCUCGAAGCUCUCGCCACUGCUUCCACUGCUGGACGAGCGCAAUCACCUGGCCCUUCCAGCUGCACUAG